AUGCCCGACAACGGACAUAAAGGUUGGCUAGAUAGAAGCAUUAAGGAAGGAAAUAUCAAAUGUAUUUCAGAGGAUGACAUCCUGGAUCGUACAUUCAUUGGCUAUAGUGGAUAUGGGGUAGUGUUCAAAGCAAAAUUAAAAGCAAAAUUAAAAGACACUGGAAUGUAUAUUGCAUUGAAAACAUUAAUUUCAAGCUCGAUCAACUAUGAUGAGAAAUUAUACAAACGAUUCGUUGAAGAGUUGAAGAAUCAUAAAGCAGCGAACGCUCAUCCUAACAUCAUUAAAUUUUUGGGUGUAUGCAGAGACAUUUUCAAUGAUUGUAUUAUCUAUGAAUAUGCUGAUGGUGGAACUCUGCGCCAACACUUGAAUGAACAAUUUGAUAAUUUAACCUGGAAAGAUAAAUACAAGUUGGGCUUGGAGAUCGCCAACGGGUUAAGAUUUUUACACAGUCUUAAUAUCUUUCACUUGAACAUGUCAUCGAAUUCUAUUCUUAUUCAAUUAGGUGUUGCGAAAAUAUCCGAUUUGAGGUUGACCACCGUAAUAAAAGAGAUGAUGUCUAUAACUCCAAGCGAAGUUGCCGCGGCAUACAAAGAUCCAGGGUACUUUAAAGAUGACGACUAUGAUGGUGGAAUGGAGGCGGACGUUUUCAGUCUUGGAGUAAUACUCUGGGAAAUAUCGAGUGGAAGGCAUCCUUGCGAAGGGCGUACGAGCAUGGAGGAUAUCAUUUCAUAUCGACGGAAGGGCCAUCGUGAUCCUCCUUUUUCGAAAACACCCAAGGACUAUAUUGAGCUAUAUUCGAAAUGUUGGCGCGAAGACCCUACCAAGCGACCAUCGAGUGAAGAGGUAUACGAACAAUUAAGAACGUGGGCUCUGGAAGAAAUACAUAUUGAUAGCCGGAUGGGGAAAGGAAUUCUCGGAGCUACGAUCGAGUUGAUGGGUACUGUCGCUAUAACGGUGGAUGUUCCGAAAACAACCGAACUGGUUUCUAUGAUUGACCGUAUCAUCAAACUCAUGGACACCGUAAGAUAUAAUAUUGAAACACUACCUCUUAUGAAGCAGUAUAUGACGGAAAUAAGACAGGUUAUCAGUCAUAAUGACGACGUUAUUGAUUCCAACUCUUUGAUGAAGGCGUUAAAAGAUUUGGAAAAGUUUCUAGUGCAGUAUACAAAACCGAAAAUGAUAACGCUUUUGAGAUUUUUCAAUAUGGACCAAAUAGACAGAAAGAUACAGACGUUGUUCAACAAUCUAGACAGUUCUCUCAGUGCCGCUAAUGUAAUAUUGGAUUUCGACAAUAUUCGCAGAUUGAGGCAGCAAAUGGGAUAUUCACAAGAUCAGUUAGAAGACGCGGAAACUAUGGAGAACGGUCUCAGUUCUAUCAAAUACGCUAUUACAAAGAGAAUUCAAAACUCGUUUAUUACGACUGCGUGUUGCCACGGUGUUCCAGUAGUAAAAGAAAAAAUAGAUCGUCUAAAAAUUCGACCCGAAUGGAUCAAGCCGGCUCCCGAUAGUCCAUGUGAUCCUACUAGUAAUACUGAGAAAGUCAUGUAUCGCGGCAGUAUUCCCGCAUCAAAGGUCAAAAUUGCAAAAGAAGGCGACGACAUUGAUAUGUAUUGGAGACAGGCCUACAUUAGCUCCAUAUUGAAGACUGAUUUAUUUGUGUCGAUCCAUAGUGUGGUCGUAGAUACGUAUGGAAAUGUAAAGUUGGGAAACUUUUGGAGUUGCAGAGGAAUUGGCGAUUAUACAACUUCUAUUUCCGAAGUGACCGAGCGCAUCAGGUGGUUAUGUCCGGAGAAAGUAAUCGAUAACAAUCUUCCGUACUCGAUGGAAGCCGAUGUAUACAGUUUCGGUAUGCUCAUGUGGGAAAUCUCGUCACAUGAAGCUCCCUUCGCGGGCAAACACAUCAACGUCGUAAUGGAUUUAUUGAAAAGUGACUCUUCUCCGCGACCGGCAUUGGUUCCUAGCGCACCAAAAAAAUACAAUAGUAUAUUGCAGAAAUGCUGGAGACAAGAUCCCACCGCUCGCCCAAUCAUGCAUGACGUUGUGAAAGAACUCGAACAACUCUACGAAGAUUAUAUCCGAAACGCUGAAACGUACGAACCCGUUUCCGAUACAGAUAGCGAACCCCGCACUCUUAAAAUCUCGGACGUCACGAUCAAAUCGGCCCUACAUCUCCACGCGCAAAAACGCUACAAAGAAGCCUUUGAGCAGUUCAAAAUACUUGCUGACCGUGAUGUGCCCGAUCCCGAAGCAAACUUUUAUGUUGGCCGAUAUCUGAUUGACAAGCGAAUUGUGUUUGAUCACGACAAAGAUCCUAACGUAGGAAUAAGUUACCUCGAGGUAGCGACUCAAUUGGGAUAUUAUGACGCAAUUCAGUACCUCGCUCAAGAGAAGAUGGCGGCGGCAGCGGCACUGCAAAAAAAGUUUAGAGAAGCUGGACAAGAUGAGGAUGCAGAUUUGAUUCGGCAAAGAAUGAAGACGGAAUGUUUGCCGUUAUUUUUAGAAGGUGCGGAGCAUGGUAAUAUACGUUGCAUGAAAGAUCUAGCUGAUUAUGGAAAGAAAUUGGGAGAUGAGUCGAGUUACCAAAAAGGACUGGCAAUGCUGAAGAAAGUCAAGGAGACGGCAAAAGAUCCCAGGGAUAAAACUAAAGCGAAAGAGUUUUUGGAUAAGCUGAAAAAAGAGAAUUAUUCGUCAUCGAAAAAAUAG